UAGAGAGGUGCCGAGCCGCUCUCUGCUGAGCCAUGCGGAACCACAACAGCAUGUUGUGGGGGGGAUGGAUCUCCUUCAACCGCGGUCUGCGGUCGGGAAGGUACAUGCGGUCUUUGGGGAACCCAAUCCAUUGUAUGAGCGCGCACUGAGCCUGCAUGAAAUGCAUGCGGAGAAAAUGGGUCAUCCGAUGUUUGUGCUGCGAAAGAGGCUCCUCCCGGGAUUGUGGUCGAAACCGGCUUACAUCCUCUCAAUUAUAUUGAAAGAGAUGGCGAAGCCAAGAGAGCAGCAGCUAGAAUGGUUGUUAUGGGUCGAUGCGGAUAUUGUGCUCAUGAACCCGCAAAUCCCCCUCGAUGUCUUUAUUCCCCCAAGCCCGGAGUUCGAUGAUGUCAAUAUGUUGGUUACCCACGACCGUCACGGCCUGAAUAACGGCUGCUUCCUUAUUCGCGUUAGCCCAUGGGCCAUCAAGCUCCUUUCCGGAGUCAUCGCAUAUCACAAUUUCAGACCAGAGGUCGAAUUGAAAUACACCGAGCAAUCCGCACUGGAGGCCAUGAUCAACGAUACCUACUGGGGCUCCAGCGUCGUGCAAGUCCCACAAUACUGGUUCAACGCGUACCCGUCGCCCCUGGACAAAGACCGGCCGCCGCGCAAGCAUGAGUUCCGUCCAGGUGGCCUGCAGAUCCACUUUGCGGGCAACCGCGAUGGCAAGAGACCCGAGCGCAUGGAGACCUGGAUGAGCAUCGCGGACAAGGCGGUGCCGCCGUACGAUGUGCCAGUUGAGGAGACGAGUUUGCCUAAGGAGAUUGAGAAAUUUUGGAAGAGGCUGGGGACGAAGAGAAGGAGGAAGGCGAAGGUGGCAGAGGCGGCGGGAGGAGAGGGAAUGGAAGCGGGGAAGGGGUUGUGAGUAAGGAAAUGGAUUUAUGAUUGAAUGAGUCGCAUGGUGUUGGAUUUUCUGUCUUCUAUGGGAAAUGGCGUUGGAGGAGGAGUCACGUAGACAUGCAUAUAUAUCGAAUAUUGUAUGUAUUGUGGAGAUGAGGUAUAUAUUAGGCCCUUGGAAUACUGCUUUUUUUGCAUCUACAGCG